AUGCUAUUUAGAUCUGCCUUUAGAUUUUGCUCUUUUAACAAAGAUGUAUUCUAAAGACAGAAGCCACUCAUCCAGAUUGAUAACAUAAUAAAAAUUCUGAGGCCUUUUGAUAUUGAGAUUAAUAUUGAAGAGAUGGUGGAGACGGUUAAGAUUGUAGGAAAAUAUUCCAAGCACACUCUUUACAAAUUUCCCAUUCCUUAAUUUUUGCAAAGUGAUUCCGUAAAAAUAGAUCCAAAAUUCAUAUCAGAAACAUAAUAAAGAAUAAUGAAAAAUAUACCAUCAAGUCCUAAAAACUUAUCCAUUUUUUAUCGAAUGUACAGAUACCCAAUGAGAUUUGCAUUGCCUAAGACAGUGUUUUAAAUAUCCAAGAGUUUAAGAAAAUCAGCUUUAUCUGAGUAAACAUUGAAAUUGGCAGCCUGUUUAGAGAACAUACAAAUAGCACUUAGUUUACAUAUGAUGGUAGAUCGCUACCACGCAUAGAAGCCCUCUAUCUUCAGUUUAGAAAGAAUUAUCUACAAUAAAUUAUCAGAUAAGAAAUUGGUUUUAGGAGGAGAUUUCUUCCAUUCAAAAGCAUCAGUCUUAAGUGCUAAUAUAAUGAAACAAGUCGAGGUCCCCCUCUUUUUGUCAAUGUUGGAAGAAGAGGCAGCCAAAGGAGUCUUCUAUGAAUAUGAUCUGUUUUAGAAGAUAAAGGAAAAUGGAGCAAAUAGCAUAGUGCCUGAAGAAGUGUAUCAAUUGGCAUAUCAUCAAUGUGCCAGUAAGUUUGCAUUUACAACAAUUUUGACCUAUUGGGUGUAGAAUGGAGAUUUGAAUAAAUUGAACGAUGCUUUUAAAGCAGGCGUAUAUUUGGGGUUGUGCAUUGAUUUUUAGAAUCAGAUGAAGUACUUUGUAAGGAAUCUACCAACUAUGUCAAAUACAUUAAUAAAGGCUGUAGUGAAUAACAACGAGUGCAAUUUUUAUUAGGAUAAAAUAGCGUAUUAAAUUUCAUUAAAUUAAAGAUUACCAAUUUAUUUUAUGCAUUAGAAAUCUAAGGAAACGACAUCUUUACAAUAAUUACACGAUCAUGCACUCAAAUAAUCUGAAAAAGUGAUCGAAAUUAUGAGUCAGAAGUCGAAGGAGUAUUUUCUUAAAUUAGGAGCAGAUUUUGAAGACAUAUCUGACCUCAUAGAGCAUUUUUGCAGAUAUGAGUGA